AUGUAUAAAAAAUCAAUAGUUCGUAUUGAAAAUGAAAAUCAAACUGAUCUAAACAACCCAGCUUUGAAUGAUAUUAUAGCAACAAAUCAUGUAGUAUUUACAAAGAAACCACAUAAAGAACGAUUAUCACGUGCAUGUAAAGCUGCUAUUUUGAUGCUAAGUCUAGGUCUUGUGGCUAUUGGCAUUAUUGUACUUACAUUGGUUCUAGCACAUUCUCGUAAUACACAUAUGGCUGUUAUGUCACGAUCUGCUGAAACAAAUUUCAUAGUAACAUCAAAUAAUAGUCGAUUUCUUUUUGUAAAUCAAGAAGAUUUGACAACAAUAACCAAUGAACAAACAGAAAAUGGAUAUUGGCCAGAAAAAACUGUCAUUUUGACAAGUAAUAAUUUACAUACGUUAACAACUCAAAAUGUUGAUAUGUCAUCAUCGAUAAUGAGAACAAAACAAAAUGAAUAUAUACACUCCGAUACACAAUCAAUGAAAACUUAUCCAUCAUCGAAUAUAAUAGUUAAUGAACAUGCGACAAUUUCGACAACUAUUCAAACAACAAUUUCUAAUCAACAAACAACAUUUGCACCUAGUAGUCAUCACUUCACAACUAUGAUGACAACUGAAAACGAAUUAACAACGAUAAUGGAAAGUCAAGAAUAUAUUGAAAUGUCAUCAAAUAGUGCAAUGACGAGUAUUGUUGAAAGUAAUUCAACAUUAACCCAAGAUAAUACAACGCCAAUGCCUGAAGAUACGUCAUCUACUAUUUUCAUAAAUCGUUAUUUUAAUAUUGAAUCCUCAACAAUUGCCAAUGACGAUGAAAAUAAAAGACAAAUGUUGGCUAAAAAAAAUAAGAACAAUUCCACAGAAGAAGAUAUUAAAGACGAUGUUUUAUUUUCAUGA